AUGUGCUUAUCAGCUGAUACUGUGCAGUUAAAUCGUGAUAAAAUAUUGUAUUAUAUUCUUAGUCAAAUAAUUUAUCCACAAAUUGAUACACCAAAAAAAGAUAAAUACGAAUGUUAUUAUGAUUAUUGUGAUAAAAAUGAUGAUGUUUAUUUAAGAUGGCUAGAUGGUAAACCUGUUGGUUUUUAUACAAUAAAACAUAAAGGUACUGAAAUAAUAUCAUGUGAAAAAAUAUAUCAAAUGAAUACUAUUGACACAGCUUAUAUAAGAUCAGAGUAUCGUAAUCAAGGUUUAGGAAUUGAAAUUUUACAUGAUGUCAUAAAACAUUAUCAAGAUCAAGAUAUUGGAUUUUCAAAACCAAUAUCAGAUGGUAUGUUUCAAGUGUUAAAAAAAUUCUUAAUUAAACAAAAAGAAUAUAGAUUACGAUUUUGGGAAAUUGAAGAUGGUGGAACAGAAGGCUCUGCAAAACUUGUAUGGUUUAUUUUAAAAAAACAUUUUAAAAAUUAA